UAUGAAUUAAAAAAUAAAUAGAUCCUUGAUCAAUUGUCUAAGAUUUUGUAACAAUAAGUAUUAUAAUAUACAUACGCAUAAAUAUAUUAUUAUCGUCAUUUUAUGUUAGUAACAAGAUUAUCAAGAAUGAAUUAUUUGAAUUUUGCGCCUUUUUAUGAUAAACCAAUCAAAAGUGAAUUGUCACGAAGUGAUCAAUGAGAAAAGUUUAACAAGGGUGAUGGUAAGGUUAGGUUAAAACUUUCAAAAGUAUCGAAUGGAUUGUUGCUGUGUUUUUAUGUUGUGUAAAUAGAUUUAUCGAUAAUUAAGUGAACAUAAAUAAGAGAAAGAGAAAAAUAGACAAGUUGACGUUAAAAGUGAGAGAAUCAAAUUCGCGUGGAAUUCAAUAUUUGUUUAUUUGUUAUUGAUGCAAGCUUUACAGUGACAGUUGUACACAAGUAGUGGAAUAGUAGAGACGAAAAGUAAGCCGCGUUCCUUCAUUUUUUCUUGACAAUAUUUUAUCACAAGAUAGAUAAACCUGAUAUGGAUUUUUUACCAGCGACUUCAUCAUUAUUCUGGAAGAAAGUAAGAUUAGAAACAUUUGAAAAUUGGCCAUUUAAAUCACCCAAAGAUGUUUGUAGUCCGGAACGCAUGGCUUCUGCUGGAUUCUUUUCUAAAGCGAAUAAGGAAGAACCAGAUUUAGUUGAAUGUUUUAUUUGUUCCAAGCAGCUUGAUGGUUGGGAAUCUACUGAUGAUCCAUGGAAAGAACAUGAAAAACAUCAAGCAUCUUGUGCAUUUGUAAAAUUACAGAAACAAGACGAAUGUCUCUGGACUGUUCUCGAAUUGUUUGAAUUAAUAAGAGUGUUUAAUUUAAAGGAAUGCGAAAAGGAAUUAGAAAAGGAAAAAAUUAAAUUAAAGCAUGAAGCAGCUAAGCUCGCAGAAGAGAUACCAAUAUUGUUUAAAAAUUUGAGGAAGAAUAAGAGAGGAGGAGAUUAAUUUAAGUUGAUUAAGAGUAUAAGGGUAUGCAUCGUUAACGAUGAAGCCGGUCAACGAACGAUUUUCCUAGAAAGCAUGAUGUGCACAUUCAUGCACCUUGGCUGGGAGACCAACAACACGAUCCUUUCUCGGGUUAUUCCUUCGUUUCUUAACCAAUUCGUGUCGCGAAUGCAUUCAUUCGCUUUGAUGCAUCUUUAAGGAAAGUUCCUCCUUUUAUUUUCUAUUCUAUCCUUCGAUAAAUGUGUGAUGAGCAUAAUAUUAUUCGUUCAACAAACACUUUUGCUUUGUCAAUCACUUGAUUAAUAAUACUUAUUACAUUUAUAUUUAUUUAA